CGGGCUUCCGCAGCAGGUCUGACCACCACCGAAGACGACGCCGACGACGAGCAGCAGGACGACUCGCUGGCUACUGGCUGUCUUGCAUGCCGACCCCAUAGCGACUGACACUUGAAUUCAGAUUUGAAGUACCUCAGCCUAUACCCUUCCCAGACCCGCAUCUCUCUCGACGCAUCUUCGGACUUCUGUUUUCGCCCUGCCCUACUCACUUUCUGACCUACACACCUCGUUCAAGCUCCUUACUGUUCUCAGCACUCGCUUUCACGUCCAAUCGUUAUGCCCUCCGUACCAAGUUCACAUGCGUCCGCUUCCUCGCCUGCGCCGUCCCCAUCAUGGGCUCCUCCACGCGCACCGCUGCCGCCUCAUCGUCUGGCCAAGAUUGCCAACGCUCUUGGUGUCUCCACGCCUUCCCCUGCCAUGAACAGCUCGUCGUCACUCUCGAUAUUUGCUUCGCCAAACCCUAUGUCCUCUUCACCCAGUAUAUCCGGCGACAGCCAAUGGCGGUCUCCUACGCCAUCUGCAAUGUCUAAUUCUAACUUCAGCACAUACCCGUCCACGUCUCAGUCUAAAUUUCUGCUCCACAUAAUACCACCUCGCGAUCUCGCCAAAGUUCUAAUCGAGGGGUCCGACGAUGAAGAUGGCUCGCUCGCCUCCUCGCAUGCCCAGUUUCGACGGGGAGCUCUCGUGCCGUUCCAACCUACUAUACAAGCUCAGCUUGUCUUAAUAGCUAAGGAGUACUCCCUUCCAAGUACUUUUGGCAUCGUGCUUUACCUUGUCUCUUCCAAACCGACCCGUGUGCAGCCAAGUUUUCUGAAACCCCCAGACAGUGACGACAACAAUGCCGAACCUGGAGCUCGGCUCUCUGAAGAGGUUUGGAGACAUAUGUGGGCACGGGCCACGAAGGUUGAGCAAGAAGAGUCGUUUUCCAAUCUCACCAGUCCCAUAAGUCCUUCCCCGACUCUCGGUAUACCCAUGAAAUCACCGAAUGCACUACGGCCAUUAGUCACUCCUUUCCGCUCAGAGACUCCCCAAGCAACAUUUGGUCCAACGCUAGAGGUCACGCCGUCUCCUUCCACCACUACUGCGUCCUCAAUAUCGGACAUUCGCUUACAUUCGAAGUCGGCACCUCCAUCCUCUUCUUCUCCAGUGCAAUCAGAACCCGAGACACCUGAUACGUCGGAGCACGACGGUCAAGGGUUAGAUCUUCCUGGACUUCACUCGGAUGCGUUCGUCCCCGUAUUGGCUAAGGUAGAGUUUGACAUCGACCGGCACAAGGCCAAGUGGUACAACCAAUGGCGACGUAAUCGGCGCAUGACCGCAAGUCGAUCACCUUCGCGUCAGCAGACAGGUGACAGCGCCUCUGGGGACGAGCGGAGGGCUCCCUUCAACCUCAAGCUCGUUGGCAAGCACCACAACGAUUCCGUACCCAGCUUCUUGCGCGACAAUGAGGAGGCCGACUCCCAGACCGACGAAUACACACCCCUCUCAGACUCCCCGACAUUUGAGGACGAAUCGACCACCCGAGGUACUAUUCACUAUGGUGGCGAUCCGCUCGCGGACAUGUUUGGAUCUGAUGCUGACACCUGGGCAGACAUGCACGCAGACGCACCAGCAACAAGGCGGAAACAGGACCCAAACGUUGUACCCCUUGCUCUCGAUGCGACUGCCUUGGAGGCGAUGGACAAUGGAGAUUACUCAGGCUCAGACGCCGACGAAAUUGCCGAGGUGCGGGAUAUCAUGCAGCGAAAGUCACAAACCUCGGAUGUUCUGAUCUCGCCCUAUUCACCUCGCAAGUCCGGCACGUUCAGUAUUCGUCGCGCUGCGCCACCUCCUAUAGUCAUCGCCCCGAAGUCACCGAACCGCAACAUCGCCCUUGGCGAGAGCCCAAUGCCAUCAAAUUCUGACGAGAGCGUGAGGCUAGCUUACGCGACGGAUGACGGCACUCCUAUGGGUUCAGAGAUGCAUGACAAGGGUCGCUUGGCAGAUCAGGAGAACCGUCAAUCUAGGAGCUCGCAGGAGGAUAAAGAGAAACGAGACGGUGUUAUUUAUGAUGAUUUAGAUCUUGGGCUUGAAAUUGAUGGAGAUGAUUUAGAGGCGCACUAUGACGAAAACGAUCCUAAUGACCGUCGUCGGAGUCAGUAUGUCAUGAAAGCCAGGCUAGACGAGAUUGAACGGGCAAUGGCACAGUUCUCACCGAAGAAGAAGAUGAAGUCGGACCGGUUAGGUGACGAUUUACUCCAGGCACGCUCGCCGAAACCUUCGCCUCUGAGGAAUGCCAACGUGCCCUUGUCGGCUCCGCCUGUCAGAAUGGAUUCACUUGGGGAUCAGCAGAGCACGCGGCCUGCAAGCUCUCAAGACAAAGCAUUGGCGGCGUCUGUUACACACUCACCCGGACCGAGUUCGACACUGUUGCUACACCCUCCUUCCAAAUCACCUAAGUUGUCAUCAUCACCACGGUUGGGGCUGAAUGGUGUCCCUCGCCCGUCGCUUCCUUCAGCAAGGUCUAGUCCGAGUUUAUCCUCAGAUUCGGAGACUCGGAGGAGAGACCCGAGUGCGGACACCCCACCGCCACUGCCUCCUUCACUAACACGUAAAACUGCACCCACACCCAUAGCGUCACCUCCUGUCAUACCGCUAUCGCCGGAUCCGUUCGGGAGGAACCCUUCGUUCCAGGAACAGGCAGAAGUCAUCCAUCAGUCGUACUGGAAUCCGACGACCGGCCAGCUCAGCCACCAGCCGUCUAUCUCGUCGUUCGACGAUGGAACGACCAUGGGAUCCUCCGCAGCCAACUCGAGCCGGUUCUCGGCUGAUUCCUCCACUUACGUGGACGACACGCCAAACACCGUCAAGGGUCACCGAGUGUCAGGGUCAAUUGUGACAAUGAAAGGGAUCAAGAAGCUAUGGCGGAAGAGCAGAUCACAAUCCAUUUCUGGUCAACAGGCAUCGCCGGUGCCAAAUGCCAAACGCGACUCGCGAUCGCUGCACCCACCGCUGCCGCCGUCGAUCUCGCGGACGUCGUCUGACCAGUCUCGGAGCUCGUCCCGGAGUGCAAACUAUACUCCACCCCCAGUUCCUUUCCCUUCCGUGGGUGGCCUCCAGUCUUACGAUCCUUUCCGCAACGAUAAUGACGGUGCGACCCCAACGCGGGCGAUUACUGGGAGGAAAAUCACGGGAUCAGGUCGCUCAUCGCCGGCCAACGCUCUUGACACGGUCGGUCCUCUACCAGACAUGUCAGACAAGACUGGUUCAGGCGGACGCAAGUCGAUUCUGAAGUGGAAGGGCAGCAUGUCGCAUCAGAGCACAGGCUCUGAGUCUCGGCCAAUCUCCACCGACACCGUCAAGCCUCGCCGACCGAGCGUCAUGGGCAACACCUUUGCCCCUCCCAGUCCUGUUCCUCCCAGCCCGCGUCUACCGGCCGAGUACUUUGCGGGCGCGGGCAUCCCGAACGGACAUGCGCGCAGCGGGAGCGGUUUCCCUGAGAGACGGUCGUCUAUUCAGCACCUGAAGAUGGCUCUGGAGGCAGGCGGCCAACACGUCCCGCGGCCAUCCCAGUCAUCCCAGCUCUCUGUUUCGUCGCAUCCUCGGUCGCCACCGGGCUCCAUUCUGUCGUCACGGUCUCAGGAUUCUGAGGGUGCUAGAAGCUUCGAUAUGAUGCAGUUCGAGACGGUCCCGUACCCAAAUGUUCAACGGCCUGAGGAGAUAUCCCGCCGCUGAACGCCUCCUCCAUCUUGCUUUCCUUUGUUUAAUUAUUCGCUUUUUUGGAUUACACUCGCAUAUCUAGCACGCCCUAGCAUCUAUUAUCCUUUUUUGAUUUUUGCCUAUAUAUACAGCUAGCUGAUUUGUUCAUUGCAUCGACGUUAUUCCCCGUCGCAUCCUCACAACGUAACACAUGGACACGCAUGCGCAUUUUUUUAAACUUUUGUUAUAACACACCUACUGUUCAUUAAGCGCCCGCGUCUGUCCUCACGCGCACGGCUGAGUCCGACUAUUUCGGAUCCAGAGGCAAGUUACUAAU